AUGGCGGAUUCUUUAGAGGAUUUGGAAUUUAAUAUAAAAUUUCCAACGUGUACGUCGAAAGAUUUAUUUAAUAGAAACGUGAAUGAUAAUAAAGAAUUAUUAUUAUAUAAUAACGAACAAGAAAAAUUACCCGUUAUUAUUUUAUUCGGUUGGACGGGUUGUCAAGAUAAAUAUUUAGCUAAAUACAGUUCGAUAUACGAAAAAAAAGGGUGUAUUACACUAAGAUGUAUUGCACCGGUGAGUGUUAUUUUUUUAAGGCACGAUAAAUUUCCUAAACUCGGUGAAAAAUUAUUACAUUUAAUUUAUCAAGUUUCACUGGAUAAACAUCCAAUUUUUUUUCACAUGUUUUCUAAUGGCGGUGCUUUCUUUUAUCAACACGUCAGUUUUCAAAUGCAAAAAAAACAAUUGAAAUUACAGGUAAAAGGAGCCAUUUUUGAUUCAGCACCUGGAGAAAGAAGAUUUUAUUCAGUUUAUAAAGCAUUGACGGCCAUAUUAGGUGGCCCAUCUUGGUAUAACGUUCCACUUGGAUUUUGUAUUUCAGUAUUUUUAUUUACAGUUUUUUUAAUAUUGGCAAUAUUAAAAGGAAUAAAAGAAUUUAAAAAACCUCAGACUGAUCCUUUAGUUUUGGUUAAUGAACCCUAUAAUUGGCCUCAAUUAUUUAUUUAUUCAAAAAAUGACAGUUUAGUUAAAUUUCAAGAUAUAGAAAAAUUUGCGGACAAAAGGAAAAAUAUGGGUAUUAAAAUAGAAAAAUUAUGUUUUGAUGAUUCCCCUCACGUUCAACAUUUGGUAACGCAUAGAGAAAAAUACAUAAAUACGAUCAUGAAAUUUUUACAAAAUUGUUUAGAUUCUAGUAACGUAACGAAAAAAAAAUUAUAUUAA